ACGUUGUUAUUUAAGAAAAGCAUUUCAGACUUAAAGAACGCUAUAAUUUUGAGCAGAACGAGCUAUUAUGCAAGUCAUACUCUCCGUCAUAACAAUGCCAGUUAGGUAUUUUUUCUUUGAUUUUUACAAACUGUCUGAACAACAAUCUUGUGAUAAUUUCUGCGAAACAACAUUCUUAGUGCCAUUGUAAAGUGAUUUCAGGUUAAAACUCGAGUGAUUUGAAUAUAUAUAUAUGCUGGACCAUCGCUGCUUCACAAGUAUAGCUGUAUUUCAACUGCAUCUUGAGAUGAGAAACACUAAUUCUUAAAGUCUCUGAGAACGUAAGAAUAGAUCUUAACUGUUUGCAGUAUCUAACGUAUUCUGACGGCUUCAGCGGCACAGCUCACGUGUCUUGAUCCAAAAAGUACGUAGCUAAGUCUGAAUGAAGAUAAAGCGGACAUUUAACUGGCGAAAGAUGGCUUCGGCGAACAGACAAGACAAAGCUGGGCAGCAGCAUGACCUUAAAGGUCAGAGGUGGAUGAAUCGUUGAAGUUUUAUCUUGAUUCUAUUGAGAGGAUUACUACCAUUUAAGUCAAGGUAGGGUAGUACGAAUUUCAUACGUGAUGGGAAACAAUUUGGACUUAGAAAGAAAGGGCACGGUGGUGAUCCUACUGAACCGUAAGAAAGAGCCGUUUUGGGUAGGAACUGUUGCCUAUCUCAAACGGCCAGUGAUCUACUUCUGCUUCGGCCUCCCUUUGCUGGCCCCGUCUGUCAUGCUCAUUAUACUCGGAAGUCUGGAGGACGACGUGAGCCGCACCUUCCUAGCUCUGGGAUGGACAAUGUUUGUGCUAGCACUGCUCUGCUUUGCUGUGGGAGCUUACUUGGGACUGUCAGGACUUCACAGAACUCGGAAGUACAAGGCUCAAAAGGAUUUACUAGACGAGUCCAAAGGCAGCAUCCCGAGUGACAGUGAGACUGCCUCGUGCAACACGCCCUCUACCAUGAUGUCAACAUUGUCUUUAAGCACUCCCAGCGACCCCGCCAGCUCCCAGUCCUCUCGGCGGUCCAGCAUGUCUAGAAGCAGUGUAAACACGUCAACGACCUCACUAAAAAGCAACACGUCGUCCUCCUCAUCGAACAUGUCCGUACUCUCAACGAACGACAAGUCGAAGCUGGUCGGUCUCAAGAAGAAAGCCAUGCGACAAAAACGAGGAGUAAAAUUCCCGACGGACCGACUGCCGUCGCUUCAGGAAGAGGACACUUUGGUGAAAAGUAUUUCAAGGGGCAACUCGCAGGCAGAGUUCGCGCUACACAACAAUGCCCCUUCGUCAAGUACUGGAAAACGAGCUCCUGCCAAUGGCAAGCCCAAUAUGGAGGAGCUGAAAGGCUAUCUAAACACUAUCGGCCUCGGGGGCCCUCGACCGGGACAUCCGACAGCGCAAGCAACUACGGGAAUCCAUCGAAUCUCGAAGUCGUUUGGCGAAAAUGACCUGCCUAGGCCAAACCAUGGUUUAGAAUUACAUCAUCCAUAUACUUCCAGGGAAGACCUCAAGAAAAAGUCCUCAACCUCACAACCAGACCAACCAAUCCUGGUGGUGACGUCACAUGAGCGAACCGGGGUCUACUUGCCAAAAAUGUAAAGACUGAACUUCUCUUUUGCCAUAAUGUUCUUUCCAAACUGUUGCCCGUGUUAUCUUACUGGAAAUGUUUUUAAAAUCAAUAAUUAUGCAAUGUGGUACUGAAAACU